AUGAGGCCGGCUCCGCCCGGGCAAAAAAUCAAGCCUUCAAAUCCGAAGUCUGAGAAGGACAACAAAAGAAAAAGGGUUUCAAAGCCUGAAGACCCUCAAGAUAAGAAAACCCCGCUCGAAGAUGAUGAAGAAAAUGAUGAUGAAGACUCAACAUUGGUGAUUAGGACCAAGAAACCAAUCCAGGCUGCCAAGCCUUCCGAACUGGAAACCUCAUCCUGUGGUGAGGAGACCCCGAAGGAAGGAGCGGGAAAGGCCCCCGUGUCCCCUGAGGUUGACAUGGUCCCUCUGUCUUCAACAACUCGGAAGGGAGAAGACGAAGGCUACGCUGAUAAAUCCAUUUCCAUAUACUUGAGGGAAGCUGUAGCCGUUCAAGUUGAGUUGAGGGAGGCCUCCGACCGGGGAAAGCGGAGCAAUGAAUUAGCCAAGUGCCAGGCCCGGAGGGAAACUCUCCAGGAAAUCCAUGCCCGAGGGUUCAACCUUGCUGAGGAGAUAGCUGAAGCAAAGACGCGAGAAACCGAUGAUAGGUUUCUUGUCUCCUCCGAUGAUGAGGAUGUAGCGAGUGGCUCCGGGGAUGAGGAAGGUGAAAAAUAUGUUCCCGAGAGAGAUGAGACUCCGGAAGAUAGAGCCGCUGAAGAUGUAGUUUCUGAAGACGACAUUUCCGGGGGUGUGACCUCGAAAAUAGAUUAG